AUGCUUGAUUGGGGAGUUGAUCAGGUCCAUCAUCGAAACCAUGAUCAUGAUAUUUAUCAACAACAACAACAAGGAUGUAGAAAGGGUCCAUGGACACCUGAAGAAGACAAGCUUCUUGCCGAGUAUGUUACUUCCAAUGGGGAAGGAAGAUGGAGCUCUGUUGCUAAGUGUGCAGGGUUGAAUAGAAGUGGCAAAAGCUGUAGACUAAGGUGGGUGAACUACUUAAGGCCAGGGCUUAAGAGAGGACAAAUCACUCCUCAAGAAGAAGGAAUCAUUCUUGAACUUCACUCCCUUUGGGGUAACAAGUGGUCAACAAUUGCAAGAUAUUUACCAGGACGAACAGAUAAUGAAAUCAAGAACUAUUGGAGAACUCAUUACAAGAAGAAAGAUAAAUCUUUUUCAAAGCAAGACAAAGUUAAAAAAUCCCUAAAACAACUAGGUCUACAACCGCAACCACAACAGCAACCGCAAAAUCAACCAUUUCAGCUGGUAUCUCAAGACCACAUGAAUCUAGACAACGAGCAAAACAUAGCUUCCUCUUUUUAUUACCGGACUAGUGUCAUUAGUGACCCAAUUCAUAUGCCUCAAAGUGUUACAGCAACCUCAAGCGACCACUCCUUGAUCGAUGAAGGUAACUUGUGGGGCAGCUUGUGGACUCUAGGAGAUGAGGAUCCACACCGUUUUGCUGGUGGUUGGGAACAGAGGACAGCUACUGAUAUUGCUGAGAAGUUUGACGGCGGCACAAUUGAGGCUCUGCCGUGUGGAUCAUGGGAGUAUAGUUAUAAUGGAUUUAACACGGGAGGCUAUAUCUUUUAAUAAGUUGCACGGAGAUUUAUAGAAAAUUGUGUCUCCCUACGGUUAAUAGAACAAUGACAGAUCUCGAUUUGUAAUUUUCUAACCUUUGGAUCGGAGUAGCG